AUGUCGACCUACACCGAUCCGGAACACUUCAGCAGUGUGGGAUGGCUGACCUCAGCAUCAGCGGUGCCCAAGAUCGGGAAAAGCUCUGCUUGUGCCUCCUUUCUGAAUCUGGGCGGGCUGGCGAGUGCUGCCGCCGGUGCCGCCACUUCAGCUGCUGGCCCUUUGGGUGGGGCCGUGGGUGGCCUUACUGGUGGGCUUGGUGGGAAGGCUGGCUCUUCUCAGAGCGUUUUGACGCCGGAGCCCAAAGCCGAAGAUCCGCGGGACCGUUUCAAACUGAUGUUGGAGUUCAAACGCACUGGCUAUCCUGACGACCAUUAUCCUCAACCAGAUGCUGGCAGUCCUGGCCAGCUUGCCUUCGCGGCGCUGCAUUGGUCGAGACAUGAGGUCGCCAAUGCCCUUCGGGCCAUGGAGAGCAUGCGCUUCGUGGAGCAGCAAGCCCAAGUUGCAAAGGCAAUCGCGGACAAAGCCGCGAUACAACUGACUUACCUCAUGGAGUCUCCUUACAUGCUGUUCGAGACGGGAGAUCACUUCUCACACUACGGCUCCCAGGCAAGCACACCGCCUGACCUCCAAAGAGGACGCCUGAGCAUGACAGGCAGAAAGGCCUCCACUUUCUGUGAAGCACAGGCCAAAGUUGCCGAGUCCGAUAUGCCUGUGUUGAGUAUGGGCUUCAUGCCAACCGCACUCGUCUCUGGACUGCCAGCGCUCGCUCAGCGACCUCCGUUGCUUGGUCCCACAGCAGCGAUGGGUUGCAUCCCACACUUCCCAGUGCAAGGUACACAGACGCAAAUGGCCCCAAUGCUGCCAGGUAUGAUGGGUCCUCCGCAUGCAGCCAUGCAAUCUGCGCAACCAAGCUUCUCAAGCCAGCCUCGAAGUUUGGGCUGCACCGGCUGCGGGGCAUGUUCAUCCCAGGCCCUUGGUGCUCAGCCCAUGGUGGGCAUUAACACCGGUCCGAUGGCGCCGGCUCACCUACAUGGUGCCAUGGGAGUGCCAAUUGGAGGCGCGAACGAUGUGCAAAUCUGUGCAAGGCAUGGAACCAUGAUGGGUUUACUGCAGGCCUGUCGACAUUGUGUGGGCCUUGGAGCUCUUGAUGCCUGGACAUUCAUGGCUGGACAUAGUGGCAAUGCGACUGGCCGUGGGGAGCAUCAAUCAAAACCAACAUGGGUUGUCUAG